AUGACUAUUAAUAAUAGUAGUGCCAUCAGCAGCAGUAGUAGUAACAGUACUAGUAGUAGUAAUAAUACUAAUAGCAGUAUUAGUAAUAGUACUAACAGUAUUAGUAGCAAUAGGAAUAGCAGCAGUAAUAACAGCAGUAGUUGUAGUAACAAUAGUUGCAGUAAUUGUACUAAUAGCAGUAGUAAUAGUACUAAUUGUAAUAGUAAUUGCAUCAGUAGUAACAGUAGCAGUAGUUGCAGUACUAAUAACACUAGUAGGGAUAGCAGCAGUAAUAACAGUAGUAGUAACAGCAGUAACAGUAAUAGUACUAAUAGCAUUAGUACUAAUAGUAAUAACAGCACUGAUAGUACUAGUUAUAAUAGUAAUGGCAGCAGUAGUAACAGUACUAAUAGCAUUAGUAGUACCAGCGCUAAUAGUAUUAGUACUAAUAGUAAUAGCAGCAAUAACAGCUGUAAUACCAGUACUGACAGUACUAGAUGUAAUAGUAACAGCAGCAGUAGUAACAGUACUAAUAGUAUUAGUAGUGAUAGCAGCAGUAGUAGUACCAGUGCUAAUAGUAUUAGUACUAAUAGUAAUAGCAGUAAUAACAGUACUGAUAGUACUAGUUGUAACAGUAAUAGCAGCAGUAGUAACAGUAUUAAUAGCAUUAGUAGUGAUAGCAGCAGUAGUAGUACCAAUGCUAAUACUAUUAAUACCAACAGUAAUAGCAGCAAUAACAGCUGUAAUAGCAGUACUGAUACUAAUAGUAUUAGUAGUGAUAGCAGCAGUAGUAGUACCAGUGCUAAUAGUAUUAGUACUAAUAGUAAUAGCAGUAAUAACAGUACUGAUAGUACUAGUUGUAACAGUAAUAGCAGCAGUAGUAACAGUAUUAAUAGCAUUAGUAGUGAUAGCAGCAGUAGUAGUACCAAUGCUAAUACUAUUAAUACCAACAGUAAUAGCAGCAAUAACAGCUGUAAUAGCAGUACUGAUACUAAUAGCAUUAGUAGUGAUAGCAGCAGUAGUAACAGUACUAAUAGCAUUAGUAGUGAUAGCAGCAGUAGUAACAGUACUAAUAGCAUUAGUAGUGAUAGCAGCAGUAGUAACAGUACUAAUAGCAUUAGCAGUGAUAGCAGCAGUAGUAACAGUACUAAUAGCAGCAGUAGUAACAGUACUAAUAGCAUUAGCAGUGAUAGCAGCAGUAGUAACAGUACUAAUAGCAGCAGUAGUAACAGUACUAAUAGCAUUAGCAGUGAUAGCAGCAGUAGUAACAGUACUAAUAGCAGCAGUAGUAACAGUACUAAUAGCAUUAAUAGUGAUAGCAGCAGUAACAGUACUAAUAGCAUUAGUAGUGAUAGCAGCAAUAGUAGUACCAUUGCUACUAGUGGCUCAACACCGUGA